UAGUUUCUCAAUCCAACAUGAAACAAUCGUUUAUGAACAGUCAUCUUAACAUACUAUAUAAGAUUUUAAUUGUUUUAAUUUACAUAGCCAGCCUGAAAAACAAGAUUAUAGAGUUAAAGAUUUACUAACAACAAGAGUUCUUUGCUUAUUGCUUACAUUAAAAGCCAAGUUAGUAAUCCAUAUUCCUAGGCGCCAAAGUAAAUCGGUUUCUUAGUAUUCGGUCCGAGAGUUUGUCGGUUUCGAAAGAAAUGAAUUUUUUUUUUUUAGUCAAAACCUCAGCGUGUGGUAGAAGUUAUUCUACAGAUUCUUCUCAACGUUCAAUGUUCUCGUGUCACUCUCAUCAACAACUGCGUGACAGACGAGGCUUUACAUUAUCACCACGUAGAUGGCAAAAUAAAUGGGUAACCUCUUAACUAAACCAAACCAAAGUAAACUAAAUGAAGUGGACUUAUAUUUUUUACAAAACCUGAAACAAUUAAACCAAACCGAAUAUGUACCCGGUUACUAUAGAGGUUGAAAAGCAAUGUUUCAACAAUUAUUUCUCGAAAUCCACUAUCUUCCAAAUGCGUACCGUGAGAAUGUUACUCUCGGUCUCUAUUUUCUUUAACAAAAGUCUCAAAACGUAUUAAAGAGAAGCAAAGACGCAAUCUUUCCUCUGAAGAUAUAUAUAAAUAUAGAGAGAGAGAAAAGUGGGAAAGAUCAAAUAUCAUCCAAUCUUGAAGACCAAAAAAAAGACUGGUAAAAUGGCUGUAAGCUCAACGGUUUUGUCAUGCCCGAAGAUGUUCAGAAGACGCCGGUCGGUGGCGGUGGAGAUGAGAACAAUACGGUGGGGAGUUAAGUGUCAGUUGUCACCCGUAAAACCCUCCAAAUAUUCAUCUAAAAUAACUACCGAUGUUCAACUGCACGAGUCUCCUCUGGCGUUGUUCGAUGAGUAUUUGGAGGAUAAGUCGAGGGUUUUCAAAGCAAUGUUUCCUGAUAAACCCAAAAGCUAUAGGCUUAACGAGGAAGAAUGGAGAAUCCAAAUGUUGCCAAUAAAAUUUCUCUUCCUCACUGCGUGGCCAGUGGUGGUCAUGCGGAUCCGAUGCAAAUCCAACGGUCAGGAUUACCCGCCUGAUGUACCUCUAGACAUAACCAAAGUCCUUGAGCUUAACAUGAUGAAAUGGGAGCUUCAAGGGCUUGACCAGGUCAUGGAGCCAUCUGAUUUCACUCUUGGAGUUCAAGGAGCAUUGUACCCAGACCGAGGCGGAAGGCACACAAGGCUCAAAGGUCGACUAGAGAUGAACAUUAGCUUCGUGCUUCCUACGGUUCUCAUGCUUGUACCAGAGGAUGUUAGGAGAAACGUUGCCAAUGCGGUUUUAAAUGGUUUGGUGGAUAAUAUGAAGCAUAAGGUUAUUGAGAGCUUGCUCGCUGAUUAUAAUAGGUUUAAGAAUGAAAGAAGAACACAUCAUUAGUUUUUAAUCUCAAGGCUAAAGCUUUAAUGGUUUGAAUGUAAUUUAUGCGCUCAUGUUUGGCGUAUGCGUUUAUAUUA